AUGAUCUUCCGCAACGUCCUCGGCUUCCUGGGCUCCGGCUUUAGGACCAAGCUCACCUGCGCAAGGUCCCUCCACGAGGUGCGCCACAACCUCGGCAAGAACGUGUUCUACGUCGUCCUCGAUGAGACUUACAACAAAAAAGCCGUGCUGAUCUACAAAAUCCGGGAUAGAGUUAUGGACCUGCGUGCCAUCAACGUACCACCCGCGUACAAAGGUCGAGGUCUGGCCAGACUCCUCACUGAGACUGCCUUCACUUACGCGAUAAUCAACGACUACCUUCUCUUCUUGACCUGCUCUUACACGCAAAAGUACUAUCUAGCCAACAAAAAUCCAGAACUGACGGAACGAGUCGUGGGCCCCAAGAGCAUACUGGGACUGCCCGUGUCAUUGGACCCGGAAACUUUCGAGGAGGAGGCAGACCCGGAGGACUCCCUGCCCAGCGAAAAGAAGCCUUGAGUUGUGUUCGGUGUAUCCGUUGUACAAAUAAACUCACACAC